UGCAGCAUGGUCUGUGUUUGCAUAUAGUACUGCUUGUAUGAGGUAAUUGUGUGUUAUUCUUGCUCUGUAGUCCUAGCUUGACCUCUGGCCUCUGUUGAAAUGCCACAGCCCCUAUCUGUGGUGAAUUUUUGCAAUGAUGAAAGGUCCCCUCCUGACUUCCAUGCCUGCUUUUCUUCAUAGUGGGGUGAGAAACCUUGUAAGAACCAUUUCAGGUUGCAUAUGAUGAAGUAAGAGUAUUGUUAUUUCCAACACUUUAAAGCUGUAGAGUAUUACAUUCACCUGUGAGUAUGACAGUAGUAUUACCCUUGGGUAACUGGCAGUCUGUUUAAUUUUGGAAACUCAUAAGCAUGUUUGAAGUUGAAAAAUUGUCUGCAUUGCAAAAUCAGUUGUGAUGUGAUUUCCCCAUCUCUUUACACAAAUUCUGUUUGCCCAGUAAGAACAAUGACUUUGGCACAGUGACCAGCUUUACUACAAUUGAUAUCCACAAGUUAAGCAUUUGCUAUGAACACCACCUGUGCAGGCAUAUCUGAUCAUAUUAAUGCUAUUUCUGUCUGUUUGGUUGCACAAUCAAAAGUUUUUAUUUACCAAGGGUCACAAAACUGUUCUGUUAUGACAUUUCAGUGUAAGACCUAGUGGGGCCAUUUUGGAAAAUGAAGGAAAUGUGUUAUUUUUACCAAGUGCUUUGGAGUUUACUAAAUAUUUUAAGUUUUGUGCUCUUUCAAUAUAUCUUGGAAGCAAGAUCAUAAAGCACCAGAAUCAAGCUGAAGGAUGUGUGAGAAGAGAAAAUUGCAAGAGGAAAUACUGCGUUGCUUGAUUCGAGGAGGGAGCCAUGAAGUGGUGGAAAGAAGUGAAUAGGCAAAGAAUUCUAGAAGUUGGAAUCCUUGCCAAGUCCUACAUUGAUCAAGGGCGGCUUAUUCCAGAUGACAUCAUGACACAACUAAUGCUGACUGAGCUAAAAGGUCUAGAUCAGUACAACUGGCUGUUGGAUGGUUUCCCCAGAACAGUUGCUCAGGCAGAAGCCCUGGAUAAAGAAUGUCAUGUAGACACUGUGAUUGACCUAGAUGUGCCAUUUGAGACCAUAAAGUGUCGGCUCACAGCACGUUGGAUCCACCCUGCCAGUGGCAGAGUCUACAAUCUUGAAUUCAGUCCACCCAAAGUGCAGGGCAUCGAUGAUAUUACUGGUGAGCCACUUGUUCAGCGUGAUGAUGACAAGCCAGAGACGGUUAGUAGGAGGCUGCAGGCUUAUGAUGCACAAACAAAACCUGUUUUAGAAUAUUAUCGGGAAAAAGGGUUAUUGAAAUCCUUUUCUGGAACAGAAACCAAUAAGAUCUGGCCGCAUAUCUAUGCUUUCCUUCAAACCAAGUUGCCAGAUGUGAGCCAGAAAAAUGCUGCCACUCCCAGGUGAAAAUAGGUCAGACUUCUGCUCAUCUGUCAUAGCUCACUCUUGAUUACAUGAGACUCAGCCAUCAAGGAUUUUUCCACGUAGCUACCAGACUGAUCAAUAAUUAAAGUCCAAUGCUGUCUUUAACUUAUAUUAUGAUAGAAUUGUGAUGCCUGUGGUUCUCACUUUAGUGCUAUAUUUUUUUUAUAUUAAAUAUACCUAAUUUUUAAAAUAUAGUAACUAACUUUAACAAAA